AUGAAAGGAGAAAGCAAAUUAGUCCAAUCAUAUCUCCACCCUCCAUUGUCAAUCCCCAUCCCACUUCAUCGAAUCCUAGCCGUCCAACUCGCCCCCUGCAUAAAUAAUCUUCUCGUUCCCUUUUUUCAUUCCUCCUCGCACUCCGCAGUCGAGUUUCACAGAAACGAACAUCAAAUCGUUCCAAUUGUGACGCACGCGCGUGAGCACCAAUUCAAUCUCAGACUCUGCUCUGCCCCCUCCCCCCAACACACACACUCAGCAGUAGGAGCUAAUCAUCGUCUACCUGUUUACGGAUAUAUAAAAUGGAUUCAGAUCAAGCUGAAAGAGUAUUUCCAAGGCUAUGGAGAAGUUGUUCAGGCUGUUGUCAUGAGGGAUAAGGUUUCUGGGAAGCCGAGGGGAUUUGGAUUUGUUGUAUUCUCAGAUCCAGAGAUUCUCGAUAGGGUUCUUCAGGAUAGCCACGUCAUUGAUGGCCGCACGGUCGAGGCUAAAAGAGCUUUAUCAAGGGACGAACAACAGGGUUCAAGAGGUGGCAACUCUGGCGGCGUACGCAGCUUUGGUGGAGGCGGCGGCAGGACAAAGAAAAUAUUCGUCGGUGGCCUGCCGCCAACUCUGAGUGAGGAUGGCUUCCGUCAGUAUUUCGAAACUUACGGAGAGGUAACUGAUGUGGUAAUAAUGUACGACCAGCAGACAAAUCGGCCACGCGGGUUCGGGUUCAUCUCAUUCGAUUCCGAGGAUGCAGUCGACAGGGUUCUGCACAAGACUUUCCACGAUUUAAACGGUAAGCAGGUCGAAGUGAAGCGGGCCCAGCCCAAAGACUCUAAUUCCGGUGGUGGGGGCGGACGAUCCACUGGUGGCGGAGGAUAUCAGGGGUAUGGUGGUAAUUCAAACUCUUACGAUGGUCGAAUGGAGUCGAACAGGUACAUGCAGUCGCAAAAUUCUGGCAGUGGGUACCCAUCUUACGGAUCGUCCGGGUACAAUGCACAAGGUUACGGAUAUGGGCCCACCAAUAACUCCAUGGGUUACGGUUAUGGGAAUUAUGGUAAUGCAAAUCCGGGGUUUGUUGGCGGUCCACCUGGCGGAGGAGGGUAUGGGAAUAACCCUAGUGCUGGAUAUGGUGGUCCUCCUGGUGCUCAAAGAAAUUCGUGGGGUUCAAAUGUUCCAACUGGGUACGGCUAUGGAGGUGGUGGGCCUGGCACUGGUCAGUCUCCAAGUGGAGCCUCAGGAUAUGGUAACCAAGCUGCAUAUGGUUAUGGUGGAUAUGGUGGAAAUGAGGGAGGCUAUGGGAAUCAAGGUGGAUAUGGUGCUGUUGGUGGCCGAGCAAUGGGUGGGCCAAAUGGUGGCUCAGCUGAUCAAGCUGGAGGUUAUGGUAAUGCAGGAUUUAAUUCGGGAGGUUAUGGUGAUGCAUCACAGGCUUCUGGUAACUAUGGUGGAGGCUAUGGUGGUGGUGGUCACACUCGGCCAUCUCAGCAGUGAUCUUCGUAUGCUUGAUUUCUGUUUGUGUUUUGUUCUACCGGAGCUUAUGGUGUUUUUCACGUGUUGAUCGUUUUCUAGUGCAGAGUCGGUGCACGUGUGCUGAAGUUAAAGGCUUGUGUUGGGUGAACUUAAUCUGCUGUACCUUCUUUUUGUUUCUUUUUGUUAUUUGGUAUUGGUAGUCGUGAAAUAAGUCGUAACUCGGGAUUAGAGUUUCUGUUACUUUUUUUUGUGAACUGUAGUUUUAAUUUGGCUUGCCUUGUUGCUUGAGCUGUUUUCGGAGUCCUUUGCAUGUGGUAAUGUUUGGGAUAUGAUAGCUGCUGUUGAGCGUAUGUGAGUUAAUUGCUGGUGUUUGUUUAUGAUGUGACCUUAGUGGCUGAGUAUUUCUCAGGUUAUAUGGGAUGUUUAAGUUUGUUUUAUAUUUGAUCAUUAUGCCUGUUAUGUUGGUAAACUGAUUGAAGUUCUUUAACGAGUAUUACUUGGGGGGGACUGGAAGACUUGGUUAACCUCAGUGGAUGAGAUUUAGUUAUCACACUCUCGGGUAAUUUUAUGUUUAUGUUAGGUAGUGAAAAUCUUUCCAGUAGUUAACCUCCUCUUGUUUUUCUCUAGCCAGAAUCCUACUUUUCUCCUUCUCAAUUUUUUGUAGGGAAGUUCUGCAAUUAAUACCUCUGGUAGAUCAGUCUCGUAAAUGGAUAGCCAUAAUGGUAGUGGUGGAUAGAUAGAAAAUUUUCCAGAUGACAUAAUCGUUUUUCCGUGCAUUUGGCAUUUGUUUUGUACAGGCGUGGAGGAUGCUCGUUCUCUAAGAGGGUAAGCACGAGCUUAAUGGAGCAUGUUCGUUUACAAUGUGUAGCGGAACUAUAGAAGUGGCAAUUUACACUAUUGUGAGAAUGAGUUGGCUCGAAAGUGGGCAAUAAUGGAGGCAAGGCACUGCAGCAGGUGGAACUUGGCAUAUUCAAUUGCCAUGGGGUUAUUGGAGGGUAGUUGGUUAUGAUAUAUGUGAUUUUAAGUCCAUCCUUUGUGGGAUUUUAGCGCUAACGGUAUUAGUAGAUUGUCCCAAACAUCUUUUCAAGUGGAAGAGAAACCAACUUUUUUCGUUUUUAUUUCUUUGUCGGUUCAUUGUGAGAAACUUCCCUUCUUCUCAUUGAUUUCAGCUGAAUAAUACAAAUUCUGGUUUAAACUCGAUUUCAGCUGAAUGACCUGCCUGUUUUCAUAGUAAGUUACUUUAUGUUAGUUUGGUAGUACUUUUGCCAGAGUCCAUUUAGGAAAUGGAAAUUUGUGUGAGGAUUUCUCUCGAAGUCUCUUCUCUAGAAUAGACUCGGCAUUAUCAAAUGGUGGUGACAUGGCAUGGCCGAUUUUGCCAAACCACUAUGUUAAAUUUGUGAAGGAUGGCCGCCAUUAGUGGGGGAUUUUGGCCUGCAGCCUACAUUAGUAAACACUGAAUGGACUUUUAGAAGGAAUAAUCCAAAUGUGUAUUACUCCAUAAGGGAUUGAAUCUUUAAAAGUAUUAUGGAAUUGAGUGCCAAGCUGCUCGUGUGAAUCUAGUAGUUGGUAAUGUUCAGAAUUAAUGUUUCAGCUACAGAGUGGAUGAUAGAAGUGGGUGUCUGAAACUUGGUUUAAUGUUUUAGGGCUUUAACCAUUUUCUAUGUGACUGCCCAUUUGUUUUAACUCUUUGUCUGAAUUCCUUGAUUUGACAUCUGCUGUUAUUUGGUGCUUGUAUGCUGAUUCGGAUGAGUUCAUUUUUUGGCUAAUAAUAAUGUGAG